CCGGCUGCGCCCAGCUCUCCCAGCUGCCUUGGCUCCCGGGGUCGGCUGGUCUCCCCGACUCUCGUGGGUGGGCGUGCUGAGAGUCGCUGUUCUUCCGUGGCUUUUGGCUAAGGCCUUGGUCACCUGGCCGUCCUGGCGAGGGCCUCUGUGCUGCUGGGGCCCCCUCCUCAAUUGGGGAGGAGGAGCCCCCCUCUUUCAUUGCUGCCUACUGCCGAGGUACCUAGCAGGCCCUCCGGGAUACGGUUUGGCAGUUCUGGGCCAGUUCGCCCCUGUUUCUGACCACCCACACCAUGUCCCUGGUACUAAUACUCAAGGACAAGGAAACGAUCUUGUUUUUCUCUAAUGGUAUUUUUUCCUCGUGCCCCUCCCCCACGCACACUUGGAUGGCUCUGCACAGUUAUUCACCCACCCACGGUUCUGCCGCAUGUGAUGAAAGUGUCUGCUCUCAGGGAAAGCACAGCCAUGGCUUCCCCAGCGCCCCGGGAGAUGGAGGAGGAGCUGGUGUCUGCUGGCUCUGAGCCAGGUGACCCUCGGGCCAAACCCCCUGUCAAGCCCAAACCCCGGGCUCUGCCGGCCAAGCCAGCCCUGCCAGCCAAACCCAGCCUGCUGGUACCUGUUGGGCCUCGACCCCCGCGGGGUCCCCUGGCUGAGCUGCCUUCUGCCCGGAAGAUGAACAUGCUGGCGGGACCCCAGCCCUAUGGUGGCAGCAAGCGCCCCCUUCCUUUUGCACCGAGGCCUGUGACUGAGGCCUCUACUGCAGGGGAAGCCACCCCAGAGACUGGGAAAGAGGAGUCUGGGAAAGAAGAGCUUCCCCCCUUGACACCCCCAGCUCGAUGUGCCCCCUUCGGGGGUGUGCGGAAGGCCCCUGCUCCCUUCCGUCCAACCUCGGAGCGCUUUGCAGCCACCACGGUGGAGGAGAUCCUGGCCAAGAUGGAGCAGCCUCGAAAGGAGGUCCCGGCCAGCCCUGACCGCCUUUGGGGCUCCCGCCUCACCUUUAACCAUGAUGGCAGCUCCAGAUACGGCUCCAGGACCUAUGGUGUGACCACGAGUCCUCGGGAUGAGGAUGGUGGGACCCUCUCCAGGGGGUGGUCCCAGGAGGGGCCAGCGAAGGCCCCCAUGGAGUGCCUAGAAGAGCACAUCAAGACCCCCGAGGAGAGGAGCCCCCCUGCGGACCGGGCCUACAAUGGCGACCUGGCUCGGCUGGCCAGCUUGGAGCCAGCUGCCGAGGUUUCCAAGCCUUGGGUGCCCGCAAGUCCUGGCCCUGCUUCAAAGAAUGGAGACUCAUCCAGUCCAGGCCUUCCCACUAGAGCCUCAGGCCCAGCCCCUGGGUCUCCUUGUCCCCACUCACCAGAGAAGACUACCCUCCACCAAUCUCAGCUUCCGGAAGCCCAGAGUCCAGCUGCUUCUGGGGCUUCUCCCUGCCUCCCUACGACUCCAGACUCUCCAGCUGCUACCCUGCCUGAAGAGGGCUCCUGCCACCCCCCUAGCCCAGAGCCCUUUGCUGCGGGAGCCCCGGAGGCCUCCGGCCCCGGCAGCCCUCCCCUUGUCAAGGUCUCUGAGCGCCACAGCCCAGAACUGCUCCUGACCGCCUCACCCCGGCCCCUGUUGGAGGCGGACGAGUUGCUGGAUCUGCAGCGGACGUUUCCCUCUGGCGAGGAGGCUCCCCCGGCUCACCUCCGGCCCACCAGCCUGGCCCAGCGCCGAUUUUCUGAAGGCGUGCUCCGGCCUCCACCCCAAGACCAGGAGAAGCUGGGGGGCUCUCUGGUUGCCCUAUCCGAAGCCCAGGGGAGCCAGUCGGCCCUGGAUCGUCCCUUUGGGAGCGGGACAGAGUCCAACUGGAGCUUGUCACAGUCCUUUGAAUGGACCUUCCCGACUCGGCCUACGGGUCUUGGGGUAUGGCGGCUGGACUCCCCGCCCCCCUCUCCCAUCACCGAAGCCACUGAAGCUGCUGAGGCUGCUGAGGCUGGUGACUGGCCUCCAUCCAGCAGAGAGGAAGGAGAGUCCCAGCAGGGGCAGAGCGCCCGGUCAGCUCCGGAGGUGCCAGGAAGACCGGGUUCCUGGGUACAGGCUGAUGAUCUGGGCAUCUCCUCAAGCCCAAAGGGUUACAGGGAGAGUCAGCUGCAGGCCCCAGCUGUUCCCCCUGAGCCCCUACCAACAACAGGGAGCCCUCCUGGAUCCACCUUGCUGCAAGCCGAGGAGAGGUACGAGGAGGGGCAGCCCCUGGCCAGACAGGAGUCUCUGCUCCCUCUGGCCACUGGGGAGGCUGCUCUGCCCGUCCUGGAGCCCAUCCUGGGGCAGCAGCAGCCAGCACCCUUUGACCAGCCCUGCGUCCUCUUUGCCAACACCGCCGACCCCGGGCAAGCAUCACCUGCCGAGGAGGAGGCUGUGACCCUGACUCAGGCUGAGACCACCCAAGCCAGGACAGAGGCUCAAGACCCCCUUAGGGUGUCCCCGGAGCCUGUAGGCCCUGAGAGCAGCUCCCGCUGGCUGGAUGACCUCCUGGCUUCACCCCCACCUAGUGCUGGCAGUGCCAGGCGAGGAGCUGGAUCUGAACUGACUGAUGCGCAGACCCCGAGUGCCUGCCCCGAGGGACUCCUCGGUUGGGCCCAGAAGGAUCUACAGAGUGAAUUUGGGAUUGCAGCAGACCCCCCUCCCAGCAGCUUCAGCCCAGUGGUUUCAACCCAGCGGUUUCAGCCCAGCUGGUCCCAAGAUACCGCUCAGGACUAUGGCCUCGGGAGUGCCAGUCCUAGAGGGGACCCGGGCCUUGGAGAGAGGGACUGGUCCCCCAAGUGUGGUCAAGGAGUAGGGGAAGGGGGCACUAGGGAGUGGGCCAGCAGGCGAGGCACUGGCCAGGAGGAGGCGGAGGUCAGCAGCCCAGGUGGGAGUGGAGCUUCUGCCCCAGGGGGCCUGGCAGCCCAGGACCGGGUGAUUGGCAAGCCCACCCCACAAAGCCCGGAGGCAGAUGUCCAGGCCUGGGAGUUCACGAAGAGGGACCCUCAGGGUUCUUACUCCAGUCGGGACGCGGGGCUUCAGGACCAGGAAUUCGGGAAGAAGGAUUCACUGGGCUCCUAUUCCAGUCGGGACAUGGAACUUCAGAACCAGGAAUUCGGGAAGAGAGAUUCACUGGGCGCUUACUCCAGUCGGGACGCGGAACUCCAGGACCAGGAAUUCGGGAAGAAAGAUUCACUGGGCUCUUACUCCAGUCGGGACGCGGAACUCCAGGACCAGGAAUUCGGGAAGAGAGAUUCACUGGGCGCUUAUGGGAGCCGGGAUGCGGGCCUGCGGAACUGGGAAUUUGAGAAGAGAGAUUCUCUGGGUGUGUAUGGCAGCCGGGACACAGAUGAGCAGAGCCAGGAACUGGGGAAUAGCGAGCACCUGGGCAGGUACAGCAGCCAGGAUGCAGAUGAACGGGACCGGGAGUUUGGAGGGAAAGAGUCUGCCCUCCGCACCUAUGGCAGCCAGGCUGCAGAGCAGCUGGAGCAGGAUUUCGGGAAGAGUGCCUGGAUGAGGGACGGCAGUGGUGGCCGCAGCUCCCUGGCUCUUGGCCUGCAGGACAGGGGCUUCGGGUCGAGAACUGUGAGUGCCAGGUUCAGCCCUGAGGAUGCUCAGCAGCAGGAUGAGGAGUUUGAGAAGAAGCUCCCCAGUGGAGGCAGUCUGGGGGAGGCAGGAAGGGACGGCAGCCAGCCUGAAGAGAGAGAGUUGGGGGGCCUGUUCAGCCCCAACACACCCCAUUCGCAGGACGGGGCCCUCGGACAGAGAGACCAGAGCAGCUGGCAAGGCGACGGUGCCAGCCAGGAGGUUGGAGGGCUGCAGGGGAGACCACGAGCAGGGUGCCAGAGCCCAGGCAGGGCUGACCAGGGAGACAGGGAGAUGGGGCAGCGAGGCUGGGCCAGCGACUUCAGCCUCAGUGUCGUUCCCCAACCAGAGAUGACCUUCAGUCCAGGGCAGCAAGGCUGGAGUGGCGACUUCUGCAUGGAGACUCCCGAGAGGAGCCAUCAGUUUGGCAUCAUCGGCAAUGAUCGAGUGAGCGGCGCGGGCCUGAGCCCUCCUGACAAAUUGGGAAGCGGUCACUUUGUGUCUCCUGAGAAGACCUCUGCUGGGUCGCUGGAUUGGACUGACCAGCUGGGCCUCAGGAACUUGGAAGUGUCCAGCUGUGCAGGUUCUGGGACCUCAAGUGAGGCCAGGGAGGAUGCCUUGGGCCAGAGGGGCUGGUCAGACAAGCUGAGCUCGAGAGACCUGGGCCUGGCCAGCCGUUUGGAGACUGGAAGGCCUGAGGAGCCCAGGGGUGUUGCAGUUGGGGAGAAGGACUGGACUUCAGAUGUCGGGGUGAGGAGCAGAGAGCUAGCUGGGGUUGGGGAGGUAGGUGGCCACAGCCAGGCCAGAGAGAGUGGUGUGGGGCAGACCGACUGGUCUGGUGUGGAGUCUGGAGAGUCCCUUCAAUCCAGGGAACGUGGAGUGGGGCAAGCAGACUGGACACCCGACUUUGGGCUGAGAAACGUGGCGGCUGGCUGUAGCUCUCGGGAGCUUGGGGUGGGCCAGGUGGACUGGGGCAACAAUCUGGGCCUGAGGAAUUUGGAGGUGCCGUGUGACCUGGAACCUGAAGCUUCUCGGGAACCUCGGGGAUGUGGAGUGGGGCAGAUGGAUUGGACUCAGGACUUGGAGCUUCGGAGCACGGAGCUCUCUGGGGCCCUAAGUGAGGCCAGGGAGCGUGGGGUGGGAGAGGUCAGCCAGCGCCCAGAGCUAGGCCUCAGGAACCAUAGCUCGUCCCCUGGCCUGGAGGCUGGAGACCAUUUGGAGGCCAGGGAGCUGGGGGUCGGCAAGACGAGUGGGCCAGAGACCCAGGGCGAGGAUGAGGACUCCUCACCUUCCUUGGAGACCCGCCCUGGAGACCCAGGCAUGGAGACAGGAGAAGCACCCAGCUUUGGAGCCAGCCCCGGUGGGUGCUCCACCCGCUCCCCACCCUCCGGCUCCCACGCCCUGCUGGAGGAGAUACUGGCCACUAGCAGUUCCAAGGCGGCGGCCCGCAGGGAGUCUGCAGCCUCGGGCCUCAGGGGCCUGUUGGAAGAGGCAGGAGCCACAGCAGGUGCUGAUCGAGGGGAGCCCGGGGAGCCUGGCAGGGACCCUCUGCCCUCCUGGAGGCCCCAGCCUGAUGGCGAAGCCAGCCGGACAGAAGAGGUGGACGGCACCUGGGGUGCUGCCGAGGCCGGGCGGGGUGAGCAGGCCCCCACACGGCCCCCUCGGCGGCCCCCCCAAGGCCCUCUCCCCAGCGCCCCCAGUCAGGACUUCUUUUUCAUUGAGGACACCGAGAUCCUUGACAGUGCCAUGUACCGGAGCCGUGCCAGCCUGGGGCGCAAGCGUGGACACCGGGCCCCCGCCAUCCGGCCCGGGGGAACCCUGGGCCUGUCCCAGGCUGCGGACUCGGACGCACGCCUGUUCCGGGACUGUACAGAGCCGCGGGCUGCUCGGGUACCUUCUUCCGAUGAGGAGGUCGUGGAGGAGCCUCAGAACCGCCGGACAAAGAUGUCCCUGGGCUCCAAGGGCCUGAAAGUCAACCUUUUUCCGGGCCUGAGCCCGUCAGCCCUGAAGGCCAAGCUUCGCCCCCGCAACCGCUCAGCUGAGGAGGGGGAGCAGGUGGAGAGCAAGUCCAGCCAGAAGGAGACCACGGUCCAGCGCUCCAAGUCCUGCAAGGUGCCGGGGCUGGGGAAGCCCCUGGCGUUACCUCCUAAACCAGACAAGUCCUCAGGGUCAGAAGGAUCAUCACCCAACUGGCUGCAAGCCCUGAAGCUGAAGAAGAAGAAGGUCUGAGAAAUCACUGAGGUCCUUCCAUCUGGAAGUCUCAGGCAGUGCCCGCUCCUGUGGGGUCCCCAGUGAGGAGACAGCUGGGGGCCCACACACCCCAGGCCGCAGCCUCUGUCCCCCAGCGCCUCUGAGGAACAUCCUGGGAGGCACAUUUAUGCACUUUGUAUCACCUCCCCACCCCCCCACCCCGACGCCCUCCCUCCCAAUCUGGAUUCAGUCAUUAGUGGUCGAAGGUUUCGGUCCCCUCUCGUCCUAUUUCUGCCUCCCUCUCUGCUUCCUCCUCCAGCCUCCCUUGGGUUGUUUUUCUUUUGAUACCAAUUUAUAGCAUUUUUUAUAAAAGCCUUUGAUUUUUGUAACGGGCGGAGCCCUGCCCGACCCCAUCCCAGGUCUCCCUCGCCCUUCCAGGUGCCCCACAGAGACCAAUGACAUUUUGCCACUUGAAACAAUAAAGUUUUUUGGGAAUUGGUGCUGCCCAGGCUGUGGUGUGUGGUUGUGACACCUCGUUCCCCGCCCGAGGCUGCCGUUGGGUGCCAGUUUCAGCCCUGGGCCCCCGGCAGCUCACCCUGACACUGGGCACGUCAUUUCUCAAUGGGCAGGAGAGGCUGUGCUGGUUGGAACAGGCUGGUGUCCGAUUCAGCAACCCCUACAUUCCAGGCACUGAAUGCACAAAGGUUGGUUUUUCGUUUGUGGCACAAUCCAGCCUGGGCUUUGCACCCCACAGUCGCUCAGAACCCAGGCUGCCUCCCUAUUGAGGCGCAACCAUCUUCAGGAGCCUCCAUGUCCUCUGCACCUCCAGUGAAGCAAGGGAAGGAUCCUGGGGGAGACCGCCCUUCCGCCCACGAGAACGCCAUGCCUGACCCUGCCCUGGAGGGGAGACUGGAAUGUAGUUUGGCCAAGUGGCUAGAGAAAGAGGAGCCAAGAGUGGUUGGUUUCUGUGAUCUCUACGGGUUCCCAUGCUUCUGGAGUGUUCCAGACUCUGGCCUUCUCACCCAGCCCACAUCCACUGGCACCCCACUGCCCCGCAGGCUCGAUCUGUGCCUGC